AUGGACGGCCGCCUAGACGCUGACUUGUACCCUCUGGGAUCCGGCUACGUCCCUGAAAUUGACAGUGUCCAUGACAUAUCAGUUGGCACAAAGAGGGGAUCCGACGAACUCUUUUCUUCCUGCAUAUCCAACGGGCCCUAUAUCAUGAACUCAGCCAAUGGCAACGACAGCAAAAAAUUCAAAGGUGACGUCCGCAGUCCUGGUGUUCCGUCACGUGUGGUCCACGUACGCAAGCUGCCCAACGACAUAAAUGAGGCGGAGGUUAUUGGACUGGGACUUCCCUUUGGGAAGGUCACUAAUCUGCUGAUGCUGAAAGGGAAAAACCAGGCGUUCCUGGAACUGAACAGCGAGGAGUGUGCACAGACAAUGGUGAGCUACUACUCCUCUGUCACCCCUGUCAUCAGAAACCACCCCAUUUAUAUGCAAUACUCAACUCAUAAGGAGCUCAAGACGGACAACUCCCCAAACCAAGUGCGUGCCCAGGCAGCUCUGCAGGCAGUCAAUGCACUGCAUGGAGGUGGUAUGGGAGGCAUGGCCAUUUCUGCAGAUGCAGGUAGCAUCGUAGGAGCCACGUCCCAAAGCCCUGUACUCAGAGUCAUCGUGGAAAACCUCUUCUACCCAGUCACCCUGGAUGUACUGCACCAGAUUUUCUCUAAAUUCGGCACUGUGCUGAAGAUCAUCACUUUCACUAAGAACAACCAGUUCCAGGCUCUAAUCCAGUAUGCCGAUGGCAUGACAGCUCAGCACGCCAAACUGUCUCUGGAUGGACAGAACAUCUACAAUGCCUGCUGUACCCUGAGAAUCAGCUUCUCCAAGCUUACCAGCCUCAAUGUCAAGUACAACAAUGACAAGAGCAGGGAUUACACCCGCCCAGACCUCCCCACUGCGGAUUCACAGGCCUCCAUUGACCACCAGACCAUGGCAGCUGCAUUUGCUGCUCCAGGCAUUAUAUCAGCCUCUCCCUAUGGUGGAGCUCAUGCCUUCCCCCCAACCUUUGCCAUCCAACAGACAGGUCUGUCUAUGCCCGGUAUGCCCGGUGCCCUGGCGUCCCUGGGUGUGGGACAUGGUGGCAUGGCGGCUGCAGCUGCAGCAGCUAGUCGGCUUGGUCUGUCAGGACUCGGUCCCUCUGGUGGACACCAUGUCUUGUUGGUCAGCAAUCUGAACCCUGAGAGCGUUACGCCACACUGCCUCUUUAUUCUUUUCGGUGUGUAUGGCGACGUGAUGAGAGUGAAGAUCCUAUUCAAUAAAAAGGAGAACGCUCUGAUCCAGAUGUCUGAUGGCACACAGGCUCAGCUAGCUAUGAGCCACCUGAAUGGCCAGCGUCUUCAUGGCAGGGACAUGCGUGUGACAUUUUCGAAACACACCACUGUACAGCUGCCCAGAGAAGGCCAUGAGGACCAGGGCCUCACAAAGGACUACGGCAACUCACCGCUGCAUCGUUUCAAGAAGCCUGGCUCCAAAAAUUACUCCAACAUCUUCCCACCUUCUGCGACACUCCAUCUCUCCAACAUACCGCCAUCUGUGGUGGAGGAUGACCUCAGGAGGCUUUUUGCCAGCUCAGGAGCCACAGUCAAGGCCUUCAAGUUCUUUCAGAAGGACCGCAAGAUGGCUCUGAUCCAGAUGGGCUCAGUCGAGGAAGCAAUUGAGUCCCUCAUCGAGUUUCACAACCACGAUCUUGGAGAGAACCACCACCUUCGAGUGUCCUUCUCAAAGUCCACCAUCUGAGUGCCUUCUCUUCCUUCCUCCAAGUCUAUUGCCAUCUGAAUGCUACCUUUUUGUCAAGGUUGCCUUCAGUGGAAAUGGCCAUUACAUAUUUAUGACUGUGAUUCAUUGUAGAAUGUUGCUCCCUUCACCCGCUUUCUUAAUUGUUCCUUAUCAUUAGUAGGUUUGGGUAUAGGAUUUAAUCUACUUGAUUCUGGUUCUGAUUCCAGGUCCCAAUUUUCAUCAUAUCACCCAAAACAUUUUGAAAGCACUCACCAUUAUUUUCUUUUGAUUUAGUGUCUUGAACUGUAAUUCAACAUAAAAUACAAGGUAUUUUAAAUGAAAAUGUAGUCAAAGAGGAGUAUGUCCAUUUGCCAAGCACAGAUUGUAAUAUACUUUGUCAUAUUUGAGCUAGACCUGCUGACAUUAGGUGAUUCUGGGGCAUUAUUACUUUGACUGAGGACCUCUAAAAACCCUGUAUUCUUGAUCAUUGACUGUUUUUGUCCACUGCAGGAAGGUGUUUUCGCUUAUUGAUUACAUUUUCCUGUAUCAUUACUCUUAUGUAAAGCAUAACUACACUUGUAAGAAGUAGGUCCUGCCCAUAAUGAUGUAAACCCUAUUCACGUGCAUUGGCGCAAGUGUAACAGGCCAUGUAAACAAAUGCGUCCAAAUGUGGCUCAGGGACCAAAGUGGAAUCAAAGCAGGUUUCUGAUCAAAUCUGUGGUUUUAUCACUGAAACUGGUUCCAGUUCAGAACAGGUUCUUGGUACCCAAACCUAAUCAUUAAUUUGUCUCCUAACAUUUAGGUGGGGUCCCAGGAAAGGCAACAUUCUGCACUGAAACAUGUUAUAUAUAACAUAUAUUGGAGGUAAAGUAGGGGCAGCUGAUGAACUGUCACUUUAGACCAAAUCUCUAAAAAAAAAAAAAAAAAACACAAGACACCCUCCACCAUGGAUGUUUGCUUAUGUGGAUGAAUUGUAUCCAAAAACAGACACACUUCAGCAUUCCUUUUACUAUGAUAGUCGUGUGGAUGUGUGUGUGUGCGCCUUUUUGAAAUGCCACUUUGAACCUGUUUGGCCAGUCAGAAACGGUUUGAGACAAGGAUUUAGUUUUGGCUCACAGACCACCUAACAAUUUAUGUUCCAGAAUCCCCUUUUUAUUAUAUUUUUGCCUUCUUUUAACAACCCACCUAUUUACUUUGGGGGACCCAUACCACUAUCUAAAGUUAAUCAAGGACACAUUCUUUAGUCUACAGUGUUGUGCCUUACUUUACCCCAACCGGAUUGCCUAUAACACAGCGCUAAAGACGUGGCUUUCGGUAUGCCUUUUUUUUUCUUUUUCUCUCCAUGCCUUCUGGUAUGUACCAGCAUUGUUUGAAAGGGGGAAAGUGGCUCAUUCAAUCUUCUGCUUCUUCAAAACAAAUGUUUAUCUAAGGAUUUGCAUAUAUCAUAUGUAUGUAGAAACUAUGAAUGUAAGUAAGUUAGAUGCCUAAUAUUUUUGCUAGGUGAUGUAGCUCUGUUAGGUGUAUUGUAGCAGGAAGUAAAGCUGUCAGCCUUCCUGUCUUACAGUUCCCAUUCACCUCCAUUAAGUCCUUUCUAGGGACAGUGGUUUUUGGGGCCUCAUUUAACCAUAUUAUGUUCAUCUAUAUGUGGACACAUAUAUUCAUUUAUCUUUUCUUUUAAUGUUGGCAUUUACAUGUGUAUCACUUCUAAGCUUAACUGAUACCUAUAUGUAGUGGCUGGGUUUGAUCAUUAUCACAGUGCCUUGACUCCUUCAGUUUUUAAUCUGAGGCUGAAACACUUUCUGGCCUGGUCAGUUGACUUUGUUUACCUCUUGUUCAGGUGUUUUAUCUUACCUGUCUUCAAAGAUGCCUUUAUCCCAUUAUAUUCAGGUAAUCCUACCUGUGAGAGGGCAGCUUGGAGGCAUUUGUCAAUUGAAAGUAACAACAGUCUUGGACUGUGUCUGAAAACCCAGUAUAUAUCUUUUUCUUAAAUUCAGGAUAACCAGGUGGGAUAGCCCUUGCCGAUUACCUGUCUGUGUCCACUUAUGCCACAGUCAGGUUCUUUAGUGCACUUUUCCUCAUUGAUAGUUCCAAGUUGGCACCAUCACGCUGAAGUCUUAAACAUCGUCACAUUCCUGCGUGCCUCAAGCACCAGUUUCCACAGCCUCGACCACUAGUUUUGGACCAGAUGCAGAUGCGCUCUGUCUCUAUUUUUGUAAAAGAUUAUUAUGCAUGGUUUAACAAAGCUUCAUGUAGCUGCAGACGGUUAUGCUGUUAAGGACCAAAGUAUCUUCUACCCCCACUGUUUUGUAGAAUUGUGAUUUCUUAAAGGUUUAUUCACAUUCCUGCUAUUCCACAUGUAUACAAGGCUUCAGUUCAUUUUUUCCCUUUUCUCAGAUGCCUUGGACUAAAGUCACAUGAAGUUGAAAUAACUGAGUUUCAACCUAUAUUGUAUCCCAUUUUGUUUGUUUGCCUUUACAAAGAGUCUACUUUCGUAGAUUGCUUUAGAAUGGAUACUUAAUUGAAAUGUUGACAGUGUAGAAGAUUAUAUGCCUUUUGGUUUCUUGUUAAGCUUUUUUUUUUUUUUUUUUAUAUGGGAGCGGGGUGGGGUUAUUGUAUGAAGCGGGGUUGAUGGUUGUAUAUAUUCAUGUUUUUGUACCACAAAAUCAUUUGGAUUAUCCUCUUUACGUUCAAAACAUGUAUAUUUUGAUAAAACAAUACAGACCUAUUAUGCUCUUUGGAGCUGUAAAAACAACAACUUUUGUAACACAAAGACAUUAAACCUAUCUGAACACA